AUGUCGUGGUCUUUCGCAAACGCAGGCCCUCAAGUCAACACCCUGGAUGAGGCUCCCGAGAUCUUCCAGGACUCCAUUGGUUUCAAAGAUAUCGGAGGAGAAACAAAGGUCCGCCUGUCGCAACCAUGGCCAGCAGACAAACAGCCUCCCGCCUGGGCUUCUCUCUUGUCCAUUGCCUCCUCCAAGAAGCUUAUUGCUGCUGGAACCUCUGAGUCUGUCAUCUUGGUGUCCUCUGACACUGUGCGAAAGACAUACUGGGAAGCCGAUACUAGCGCCGAGAAGCAACCUAAGCAUAUCACUCCCCAGCUUUCCCUCUCGGUCCCACAAGUCUCGCACGUCGCCUUCUCGGCUGAUGAGAGUUCACUGGUCAUUGCUGCACAAGAAGGAGGUGGUCUGGCCGUAUACGAUCUUCAAGCACUGCUUCAGGGAAACAAAGAGUCGGCAUUCCAACUGUCCACCAAUGGCAUCUCCGUCCGCGCACUCGCACCCAACCCGAGUCCCGACAACGCGCACUUCUUUGCAGUCGUCCUGACUGAUGGCAAAUUGAUGCUCGCCGACUUGAAGCAGCGGUCGUUCAGUUCCGUUUUCCGUGAAGGUGUAAGAUGUGUUUCGUGGAGUGUCAAGGGCAAGCAGCUUGUUGCUGGUUUAGAAGAAGGAGGUGCUGAGCAAUUCGACCCUCAAGGCGUCCUCAAGGCUCAGAUUCCUAAACCGCCCCAGCUCGACCAAGCAGCUCCCAUGUCGGCCAUCGUCUGGAUUGCAAACGAUGACUUCUUGUUCAUCCACACUCCCAACUCUGAGGAUGAAGCACAGAUUUCGACUUACCACCUGGUGCGCAGAGAGAAGGCCACGGGCGCUUUUACUUCACAAACUCUUGCCGGAGAACCAUGCAUGCCUGCCUUAGAUGCUAAGCGCUUCCCUUCACACUUCCUUCUAUCCAGACUGAGAAAGUUCCCCCCAAGCUUGGAUGACAUGUUGCUCCUAUGCUCUUCUGCUGGAAGCGAGGUUGGUCUCAUCACCAACAGUUCACAGCCUCUAGCGAAUGAUGCACCUGCCAACACUUACACUGUGAGCAGUAUGGAGAGCGAUUCGGCUCGUGCUACAUUGCCUAUGAGCAUUCUGGAUGGUAUGUCUGAUACAUCCGCCGUUGGAAUGGAUCUGGAUCUUGCUUCAACGGACAAAGUCAUGCAGCCCAUUCCUGGAGACGAUCUUGAGUCAUCGGGCCCUCUGCCAGCGGUCAUGGUCUUGAACAACGAGGGUCUCCUCUGUACUUGGUGGGUUGUCUACAAGGACGCUGUUCGUCAAGGACUCCCUUACCCUGGUCUUGCAUCAGUGGCUUCUACACAAACACAAGCUGUUCCCCCUACGCCAGCCACACCCUCCACCCCGGCUGUCACAGGUUUUGCAGCAUUCGGAAAGCCUGCGUUUGGACAGGCUGCUACACCUGCAUUCGGACAAGCAUCCACGCCAGCCUUUGGAAAAGCAUCAACACCAGCCUUCGGCCAGCCAUCAAAGCCCGUUUUCGGACAAACAGGUGCACCAGCCUUUGGUAAAACAUCUACGCCAGCUUUCGGACAGCCCUCUCAACCAGUAUUCGGCGCAAACGCACUUGGAAGCAAAGCUUCGCCAUGGGGUCAACCUGCUACACAGUCCACGAUUGCGACCCCGCCGAAGGGUCAGGUCUUUGGCUCCGCUCUGGGUGGUGCCAGCGGCAAUGCAACAUUUGGAUCAUCUAGUGCACUAGGAAAUAAAACACCAGCCUGGGCAACUUCAUCGGGCGGCUCACAGUCUGCUUUCGCCAAGCCUUCAGAAUCUGGCGCAUCUGGUUUCGCGAAGUUUACUACACCCGCCAAGGAUGAAAACAAGCCGUCUUUAUCUCCUUUCUCAGCCAUCGGCAACAAGGAUCAAAACAAGCCUUCCUCUCCAUUCGCAGCAUUUGCGCCUGCCAAGUCCUCGCCUCUAUCAUUCAGCUUCGGUAAGCCAAGUACAGCUGCCGCCACCCCUGAGAAGGCAGCAGAGGAAACUAAGGAGGAGACUAUGGAAGACGAACCUGAGGAAACUCCUAAGGAGGAGCCUACUAAGGAGACCCCUGCAACCAAUGUCGUUGAAGCUCCUAAGCCCGCAACUACCGUAUUUGGACAGCCUUCUGAGAAACCGCAAUCAUCUGCCUUCGGUCAAACAUCUGAAAAGCCAAAGACCUCAUCACUAUUUGGUACAACGCCAGACAAGCCCAAAACAUCGGGCUUGUUCGGGCAAUCUACUGAUAGCUCUAAGUCGCCUGCGUCAGUCUUUGGGCAACCUGCUAAGCAGACUGGGUUCCAGUUUGGUAAGCCCUCUGGAAAGCCCACUUCUCCACUCAGCAGAGAAUCUUCGCCAGAUAAGCCCUCAAAACUGCCUACAUUGGGUGGGUUCAAGCUUGGCUCCACUUUCCAAGGUGAUGGUAGCGCAAAGGACGACUUGCCUGCUCCUAAGCAAGGUGGUGGAUCUCUGUUCGGAUCCAGUUUCAGCAACAUGCUUGGUGAAGCAAGCAAGCAGACUAAACUACCUACAGCCAUCAAGAAGGAGCCUGGCACUGAAGCGCCAAAGUUGAAUGAUAUACCGUCAUCUCAAAAGGCUGACGAGCCUGCUGACCAGCCUGAGGAGGCUCCCCUUCCCCCUGACUUCACAUCUUCCAAGCCCAAGCAGUCAGUGGAGGAGGAUGUUCCUCCCAUUGCAGGCAGUCCCCCUGUCGACCUGGGCGAUGAAUCUGGUCAGCUGCCCGCCAGCGACGAUGAAGAAGAGGACGAAGAUGAUGAAGAAGAAGAAGAAGAGGAUGGAUCAUGGGUUCAAGAUGAUGGUGAAGGAUCUGAGGGAGACGAAGAAGAGGGUGAAUCUGGAGAGGAAGAAGAGUACGACGAAGAGGACGAGGAAGACGAAGAUGAGAGUGAAGCUGAAGAACCGGAGAACACAUUCGACAUCGAGAAGGCAUCGAAAACUCCCUUCGGCUCCCGUCUUAGCUUCCCUUCUCUUUCUCACUCGACAGGAAACGCUGGCAAUCUCUUACAACCAACCUCUCCAGUUCCCUCUACCACCCCCGCUGGUCUGCCCAAGGGUCCCUUCUUCGCACCGCCGUCGAAAUCACAAGAUUCACCACGCUCGCCAUCACCAAUCAGACAAUCAUCAGGCACACCAGCAGGCCUUCCAGCAUCAAGACAACACUCGCAACCAAUCACUGUGCCUUCGCUGAAGGGACAAUCAUUCAAGAGCACCAAGGCAUCUUCCCCACCAAGACCAGAAUCACCUCAAGUGCCAGAUGCUGGAGAACUCAGCGACGAGGAAGAUGUUCGUGUCCGAGAACUACUUGCUUCUGAGGUCGAGCCCUCCAUGGAUCUUGAGCCAUUCAUCGCCCAUCAAGAUUACGUCGGUCGCGUCAACAAGCUUGGUAUUGCAGGUCAGAUCGAGAAGGUCUACCGCGAUAUCAACAGCAUGAUCGACACGCUUGGUUUGAAUGCACGCUCCCUCGAGUCAUUCGUCAAAGGCCACGAGACUCAAUACAAGCAAGCUGGUCGUGAACGCAGCGAUCUUGAAGAAGCUGAGGAAUGGUGUCUUGUCGAGGUCAACGAGCUCGGUGUCGUCCAGAAAGAAAUUGCCAGCGACCUCGACGCUGGAAAGGUCGACAGCGUUGCACAGAAACUCGAAGAACUUGCUGAGCUGCAGAAGGAUGCCACAAGACUGCGUACCAGAACGGUUGACAUGAGAAAGCAGAUUGGCGCCCGUGCUGAUCCUCAGCAGCGUGCAACACACCGUGCUUCAGCACUCACCAACGACGCUCAGAUGCAGCAGAAUGAGCUUAGAGAAGGUGUAGCCAAGGUGCAAAAGCUGCUUCAAGACGCCGAGGAGGCUUUGAGUGUUCUCCGCGCUGAUCUGGCUGCCGCUCCUUCUCAAGGACCUGCUGCACGCGUUCCCACUGUCGAGGCUGUCACUAACACAAUCAUGAAGAUGACUGCCAUGAUUGAGCAGAAGUCAGGCGAUGUAGACGUGCUCGAAGCACAGAUUCGCCGCUUACCUGGUGGUCUCGCCAAUCUUAACAUCUCGGAUAGCAACGAAGACAUUCUUCGCAGCAGCAUCCGCAGCGUCCGUCCUUUGGAACGCUCAACUAGUGGUAAUCUGUUUGGAACACCACCUGCGACACGCGGCAAGAAUGCUGCAGCAAACGGCGCCACUCCUCUCGGUAUCUCGGGCAUGCUCGGUAGAUUCGGCGGCUCGUUGCGUCGCGACAAUGGUGACGCUGAAUUUGGACGCAGCAGUAUCAUGCUGGAUGGUACUCCUCGCAGAAAGAUGGCAGAUGUGAGUAUUGAGGAGGUCAGAAGAUACCAGGACAGAGCUGCACAGCGCAAGAGAGUGCUUGCCGCUCUGAAGCAGACUGUCGAAAAGAAGGGUACUAGAGUCACUGGUGUUGGAAAAUCCUGA